CUCAAGUGACCCUUUCACUCUCUGUCCUUUUCCAGUGUCGUGAGGUUAGCAUUAUACUUCUCCAGUGGAGCCCAUGACUUCUGAUCAGGACACUAAAAUUGUGGCUGAACCGCAGGCACAGCGAGUCCAGGAGGGCAAGGACAGCUCUCAUCUGAUGAAUGGUCCUAUAUCACAAACCACUUCUCAGACAAGUUCCAUCCCAGCUUUGACUCAGACCCCUUAUCAGCUGCCAGUGUCAGAGGAUGGUGUUGUUUGGGGAUGGCAGACUAGAGGUGGACUGUUCGUCCCAACAACUAAGGUUUCAGAGCUAAACCCUAAUGCGAAAGUAUGGGGGUUACAUUUGGAAGCAAGUAGCGCCGCUGUUGGUGUGAAUGCCUCGUGGGAGGAGGCCCCUGACCAUCCUGUAGACUGUGACCAGCAGGUUAUAGGAUUGGAUGCCAAUGGCGAUGGUGACAAAAGUCAUGAGAAUGCAGGACUGUCAGACUUACAAGAGGCGGACCAGACAGACAUGAGCACUCUGGCUCUGGAUCACUCAGAAUAUGAACCUCUGCCUGAAAGUAAUGAUACGGGAGGAAAUGAGUCUCAACCAGAAAGCCAGGAAGACCCUCGGGAAGUACUUAAAAAAACGUUGGAAUUCUGCUUAUCUAGGGAGAAUCUUGCUAGCGACAUGUAUCUUAUAUCCCAGAUGGAUAGUGAUCAGUAUGUGCCAAUUACAACGGUAGCUAACCUUGACCAUAUCAAGAAACUCAGUACUGAUGUGGAUUUGAUUGUUGAAGUGCUAAGAUCUUUACCUUUAGUCCAAGUGGACGAGAAAGGAGAGAAAGUAAGGCCAAAUCAAAACCGGUGCAUAGUAAUACUGCGUGAAAUAUCUGAAUCUACCCCUGUGGAAGAAGUAGAAGCACUAUUUAAAGGAGAUAAUUUACCAAAAUUUAUAAACUGUGAAUUUGCCUAUAAUGAUAAUUGGUUUAUUACCUUUGAAACAGAAGCGGAUGCACAGCAGGCUUACAAAUACCUUCGAGAAGAAGUCAGAACUUUUCAAGGAAAGCCAAUUAAGGCUCGUAUAAAAGCAAAGGCAAUAGCGAUAAACACAUUUUUGCCAAAGAAUGGAUUUAGACCUCUGGACAUGAACCUUUACACACAGCAGCGUUAUGCUACAUCAUUUUACUUACCUCCAGUGUAUAGUCCCCAGCAGCAAUUCCCUCUAUAUGGCCUGAUCACCCCGCAGACAUGGUCAACAACACAUAGUUAUCUCGAUCCACCCUUGGUAACUCCAUUUCCAAGUACUGGAUUUAUAAAUGGGUUUACAUCUCCAACCUUCAAACCUGCAGCGUCUCCUCUGACAUCACUCAGACAAUAUCCUCCUAGAAGCAGGAACCCUAGUAAGUCUCAUCUGCGCCAUGCGAUUCCUAGUACAGAGAGAGGGCCUGGACUGCUAGAGAGUCCUUCAAUAUUUAACUUCACUGCAGAUCGAUUAAUUAAUGGUGUCCGGAGCCCACAGACGAGGCAAGCAGGGCAAACUAGAACACGAAUACAAAACCCUUCAGCUUAUGCCAAGAGAGAGAUUGGAACUGGGCGUGUGGAGCCAAGUAGUCUUGAAUCCUCUCCUGGUUUAGGGAGAGGAAGGAAAAAUUCCUUUGGCUAUCGGAAGAAACGAGAAGAGAAGUUUACAAGCAGUCAAACUCAGUCUCCAACACCACCAAAACCUCCAUCACCGAGCUUCGAACUGGGGCUGUCCAACUUCCCCCCAUUACCUGGAGCUGCAGGCAACUUGAAGGCAGAGGACUUAUUUGAAAACAGGCUUUCUGGCUUGAUCAUAGGAUCUUCAAAAGAAAGAAACCUCAGUACAGAUGCAAGCACAAACACUGUUCCUGUAGUGGUCCCCAGAGAGCCUUCCGUGCCAGCGCCCUGUGCUGUGUCAACAGCAUUUGAACGUUCCCCUUCCCCAGCCCAUUUACCCGAGGAUCCCAAGGUGGCAGAAAAGCAGAGAGAAACCCACAGUGUGGACAGACUCCCUUCCACCCCUACUACAACUGCAUGUAAAUCAGUGCAGGUGAAUGGAGCAGCAACAGAAUUGCGAAAGCCCAGUUAUGCAGAGAUUUGUCAGAGAACGAGUAGAGAGACUCCUUCCUCCCCAUUGCAACCCCCAAAAGAACAAAAGCCAAACACUGUCGCCUGUGGGAAGGAGGAGAAGAAGCUUGCUGAACCUGUGGAGAGAUACAGAGAACCCCCUGCCCUCAAGUCCACUCCUGGGGCCCCCAAAGAUCAGAGGAGGCAGCCUGGACGCCGACCCUCACCUCCUGCUGCUGGGAAGCGUCUGAACAGGGAACAGAAUACUCCUCCCAAGUCUCCUCAAUGAAAGCCGGAUGCCUGGGAGGGGUCUGGAAGAGCUGUAUUCACCACAAACGAAGCUCUCCCACUCAGUACAGAAUGAGCCGCUGGUUAGGAGCUUGCAGUGUCUGUGAGGCCCAUGGGAUGCCUGCAAGUUAUUUUCCUUCUGUGAGUCGGAUUUUCCCCCUCUUGAAAAAAAAAAAAUCUAUUUUUCAGGAUUUAAUUAUAUAAUAUAAACCUUAUUUUAGGUUGGUGCUUAACUGGAGGUGAUGCAGAAGUCUGUUUUUCAGGAUAGAAAAAUGUAUUUAUCCUAACAAAUGGAUAUUUUUUAUUAAGCCUCCAUGUGGCUCUGAAUGCAAGCUAUAUAUGAGUUUUUCUAAAUUAAGGGAACUAUGCUACUUUUUUUUUUUUUUUUUUUUUUUAAACAACUGGUCUGCAAGUGCAUAUGGAUAGGGUGUCCCCAACAGAUGGAUGAGGGCUGAUGGCGCAAGCAGGGGCAGCCUUGGCCUCACAGAGCAAGGGACUGGCAAUGUCAGGGCACUGACAUACUGGCACAGGAGCUGUGUUUUCAUCUAAACUGUUAGUUAACAGGAAAUUCUAGCUUUAAAAAGAUACAUAUGUAUAUACAGUUCUUUUUGACCUAGUGGGCAGAAUGAACCUGCAAAGAGCAUCCUAGAAAGACCUGAUAACUUUGCAUUUUGAUAUCCUGCGAGCAAGUAACCAGCUUCUCACUCCAGUUCCAAGUGGCUAUUAUGUAAAAUAAAUUUAAAGCACAUUGUGAAUAGAACCUAGAUGAAAUAGGAACUCUGUUGCCCACUGACAUCAUACCAUGAAGUUGUACCAUGAUGUUUUGGUCCCUGUGAGCAGGCUACCUGGCUCCCAGCCUUGAGUUCCUGCUCUGUCUGUGUCCCCCAUGCAUCCUCGCUGGAGAGUCAUGUCUUAACCAGCUCUGUGUGGAUGUCUUCCUGUACCUCUGCAUCGGCACAUGGAUUUAGAAGUACCUAGCCGUGAGAGAGUGGUGUUUGUGGUCCCCCUCUGGCUGGUGGAGGACAGAAUCCUUGCUUUUUUUUGUUUUUACCUCCAAGACGAGGGUCUCAUUGAUUCUUUCUAAGAAGUGCUGCACUUCUGAAGAACAAGGGUGCAGUAAAGUUAGCAAGUUUAUAAUAAAGUUACAGAUAAAUUAUUUUGUUUUAAAAUGCCUAAAAUUUUUCUUUAAGUAUUCUGAGCAGCAGACUUUAAAAAUAUUUCCUGCUAAGUGUAACCAUACAGCUUAUUCCACAAAAUGCUAUUUAAUGAAACUGAAGGUUGUUUUGGUUUUUGGUUUUUGGUUUUUUUUUUUUUUUUUUUUUUUUUUUUUUUUAGAAAAAAAUGAUUUCCAUCCAAUAUUUAAAGACUUGAAUUUUAUUUAAACUUGAAAAUGACUUUGCCUUAACUUUUGUAAAAGACAGCUUAGAGCUCACGGAGACCGGCCCCUGGGUUGGUGGGAGUGGAUCGGUUACUCAGUCACCGUGCUGAUCUCCUGGUGGUGGUUUGCUGAGUACGCUUACUGUUGUACAAGAGCUCCAGUGGUGUUUGUGAUGUACCCUACAGAUCUUCAACAGCUGGUCUUUUUUUCAGAUUGUUGAAAACCCUGUAAAUGCAAAUAGUCGCUACUGUGUUAAAUCUGUGCACUUGGGAGUGUGCUCUGCCUGUACAGUGUAAAUAAUCAGAACAUAUGAGAAAGGUACCCUACAGAGAAGAAUCUGAUAAAAAUUAUUGAUAUAUUAUAAAUGUUACUGUUGAGCUGGAUGUAGAUAAACUAAAUGUUGUGGUUUGAGUAUUAUUUUAAUUUGUUAAGGUUUUUCUUUUCCCCCUUUUACUGGUGUGUUGAACUGAUUUUGCCUCUUUGCUGCAAAAGGGAAAUGGAAAGUCUUAUUAAAAGCCUCUGGAUGUUUUCAUACUCUUAAAGUAUGUAAGUACAUGCUAAUCAUAUCUGAUGUUUAAGGGUUUUGAAGGAGAGUAUAGAGAGCAGAGACUGGCAGGAUCUUCCAAUGAAAAUAAAAAACAGAAAUGUACUAAUUAAAAUCAUACUUUGCUAAGCGAAUUAUCCUGCCAGAGGCAAAGAUGCCUGAUGCAUGUGACCAUUUCCUUCAGAGCACCUGUCAUUCAGUUACAUAGGAGUAUACGCAGUGCUAUUUCAAAUGCCUGUGAAAGGAACAUAGGAUGAAUUUCCUCGUAGAUGUCAGAUCAUUGACAAAAAAAAAAGAAGAAACAACCAGCCUCUUGAACCCACACUAGCAGAUACUGUCUAUAUGGAAAGGCAAGCCCGAGGCGUCAGGCCCUUCACAUCAUAUCUUUUCUGGAAGAGGGGCCAGAUUAUGAUCAGCAUCCCUUAUCUUCAAGGGUGCUUUCGCAGAGGAUCUUUGUUUUUAAUGAGAAGUCCUUUCCCCAAACCUGAGCAUUGCAGCACGAAGCGUGUGUGGCAGAGCCAGCUGUAGGUGCUUGCUGUCUGCUGGCUGGAAGUGUAAGGCUCAGUGGCCACAUGCAAGGGCAGGUGGCACGUGCGCAAGGUUGGGACACUGUAAUCACCGCUUAGCCAGUGACAGCCUGGCACCAGGAACUAAAGCCUUGCUCAGAUGUGAUUUUUUUUAAUAGCAUACUUUUUCAGGAAGCAAAGGUGAUAUGCCAAAUAGCUGUGUAAUGUCAAAACAGAGAAUUGCUGAUUGCUGAGGUUUUCCACUCAGAAAACAAUGGAGUUACCACAGUAGGAAGCUGUUGAGGAUGCAUGCAGACUCUUGCUAUGUCACAUACAGCAAGUGUGAUAUGUGGGUUUCAUAAUCUAUUUUUUAAGUUUACUCAUUCCUUUCAGUAUCUCAAGGUAUAGAAUCAGAGAUACCACAGUCACAAAUGACAUUUUUUAACUUGUAAAAUUGUGUGAUGAUGCUUAAUUAUCAUAUGGAAAUAUGGAAUAGGAAUCUGGCCCCAUUUCACCAGACAUGAAUUUCAAGUGAUUCCUCUCUCAGUAGUCAGUGUCAUGAUGUCUCUGUGAAUCCUUCCUGUCAUUGCAUCACUGGUUGCCACUGGUAGGUGGCAAAAAAUAAAAAAAAUAAAAAAAAUAAAAAAAAAUUUAAAAAAAAGGAAAAAAAAAGUCUUACAUUGCUGUAUUAGGGUUUCUGCAGUUGAUAUUAAAAAACUGGUCCAGUGUGUCACAGCAGGCGACUGAUGGUGCAUACCUGUCUUUGUUUCCCCUUCAGUGAGCUGUAGUUGUGGGUUUGUGUGCUUUGUAGCCUGUUAUACGGAAAGCAACAGACAAUCGAAGAUUCCAGGAGCGCUAACAGCUGCGAGUCCCAGAACGGGGUGUAACGUGGAAGCUUGCCUGAGGGUUUCUGUUUCUGUUCUACUUUUCAUUAAGUCUGGAAUCAAGCUUACAUGUAAACUAUUGGUAAUUUAAGUUUCCUUUUGUGUCAUUCAGUGUAAAACUGUCUAAUUUGAAAAAUGUAGGUUAUGAAAAAUAAAAGAUUUAGGCACUGUUCA